GUCUUCAUUCUUUUAGCCAAUAGAAGCACAGAGUGAAAGACCCGGCAGCUUUUUGAUGACGUAUGUGAUCUGAAGCACAAAGCCGCGUGAAAAUGCUAUUCUACUCGUUUUUCAAGUCUUUGGUUGGCAAAGAUGUUGUGGUGGAGCUCAAAAAUGACUUGAGCAUAUGUGGAACAUUACAUUCAGUUGAUCAGUACCUGAACAUCAAACUGACAGAUAUCAGUGUCACUGAUCCAGAGAAAUAUCCGCACAUGUUGUCUGUGAAGAACUGCUUCAUUCGUGGAUCAGUUGUGCGAUACGUUCAGCUUCCUGCAGAUGAAGUGGACACACAGCUACUACAGGAUGCUGCACGCAAAGAAGCUACACAACAGAAACAAUAAUGUUUAUGUUUGAGAAUAGUUUGGUUUUGUUCCAAAGUUCACAAGCAUCAUCUGUGGAGCUUUGUUGAUUUAAAUGUUUUUCUUACCUGAAACAUUAUGUAAAGUUUGGAUUUUUUUUUUGCUUUCAUUUUUACAUAUGUUGUCAUGAAGCCUGUUAUUGAGGGUGUGAUUUACUUUUUUUUUUUUUUUUUUUUAACUUGACAAGUUAGUGGUUGUGUGCUUUUAAUAAGUGUUGGUAAAGUUGUGCACUGCAUACCAAUGACUUUUAGUUAGGUUCACAUAUUGAUGCAAAAAUAAAGUAUUUUCCUCUGUUUUCCCACGA